CUGUCUUCAGUCUCUGGUCAUCCCCUGUACUGUCUUCAGUCUCUGGUCAUCCCCUGUACUGUCUUCAGUCUCUGGUCAUCCCCUGUACUGUCUUCAGUCUCUGGUCAUCCCCUGUACUGUCUGCAGUCUCUGGUCAUCCCCUGUACUGUCUGCAGUCUCUGGUCAUCCCCUGUACUGUCUGCAGUCUCUGGUCAUCCCCUGUACUGUCUGCAGUCUCUGGUCAUCCCCUGUACUGUCUGCAGUCUCUGGUCAUCCCCUGUACUGUCUGUAGUCUCUGGUCAUCCCCUGUACUGUCUGCAGUCUCUGGUCAUCUCCUGUACUGUCUGCAGUCUCUUGGUCAUCUCCUGUACUGUCUGCAGUAUCUUGGUCAUCUCUGUA